CACAAGGCUAGCCUCUGUUGAUUUCAUCGGUCUCUUACUAAAUUGAAAAUAAUAUUGCUCUAUGUCUUCUAAUACGUUACUCUGCGAAUAGUUACGGGCAGUACGUUCUUUAUAUUUUUGUUUUGUGUCAACAGCAAGUGGCACGGGGUGUUGGAUUAACUUUUACGUUAAAUGAGGUAUCAUAACGUUAGCUUCAUUGGCUGCUCAACUGGCAGCUUUAGUGGAAGGCUUGCUAGCUAGCAACCCUUCGUGGUUCUUUAGUUAUGUUAACAAGCUAAGUUAGCUCUUCUGUGAAAUGUGUAUCUAGUCACGAAGACGUAGGCCUAUGUGUGUCAUAUAUGGUUAGGCUAAAACAUGGAGACCUUACCGACGACGAAUUGAUUACUAAUGUUGAGCUAACGAAGUCAACAUACAUCCUCCUCCAUUUGACGAGGGGGGUCACCAAAAGGAUCUCCUUUGAAGAACGGUCAAUGUUUUUAUGGAUGUGAUUGCAUAAUGGCAACAACAAAGAUGAAACUGCGGGUCCGAAAGAAGGCUCCAGUUAGCAGUAUUUCUCAGGCCAUGUCUGCCGAGGCCUCACCAGACUCUAAAUGUCCCAUAUGCCUGGACAAGUUCAAAAACAUGGCCUACCUUGACCUAUGCCUGCACAAAUUCUGUUUCCGUUGCAUCCAUGAAUGGUCCAAAAACAAAGCAGAAUGUCCCCUAUGCAAGCAGCCAUUCAACUCAAUCUUUCACAGCAUAAAAGCAGAGAAUGACUUUAAGAAGUAUGAUCUGCGGCCUACUGAGAAUGGCUCGUUUGGGAACCUGGGUGGCCAGAGGUUCAGGUAUCGUACCACAGUGACUGGUGACCGCAGACGACCUCAGCGAAGGACAUCCCCGCCACCUGAUAACGGGGUUAUGUUUGAGAGUCUGGCAUCUCCUGCUUCCCCACGACAGGACCGGAGCCUUCACCGCAUGAUGAUGAGACUGGCAGCGAGGCGGAGGGCUGAGAAUGAGGGUAGGGCCAUGCGAGCACUGCAGGAACAGGAAUUGAUUAAGUUCAGGCGUGCCCUAUACCGGAGAGGGGUGCGUGUUCGGAGUGUGCGGGAUAAUGGACGUACCCGGGACACGUCAGCAGAGUUCUUCCAGAGGAACCCAGCUUGCCUUCACCGUCUGGUGCCUUGGCUAAAGCGAGAGCUGACUGUGCUGUAUGGUGCUCACGGCUCCCUCGUUAAUAUUGUUCAACACAUCAUUAUGUCACAGAUAACCAGGUACAACAUGGAAGAAGAUGCCAUAGUCCAAGAGCUUAGGCCUUUUCUUCAAGCACGUACUGAACAUUUUGUGCACGAAUUUAUUAAUUUUGCCCGUUCUCCUUACAACAUGGAAGCUUAUGAUCAGCAUGCUGUCUAUGACUGCCCGGCCCCCUCUUCGGAGGAAGACAGCAGCUCAAACUCAUCUGUAAUUGCCAUCUCAGAGGAUGAAGAAGACUCUGUGGGUUUGAACUCCAACCCUAACUCUAUGACUGGCAGCACACUGAGCCAGACGCCGUGGGAUGACGAGACGCCAGGGCCCUCCUACUCCACAGAGCCUGUCCAGACUAUGGCACUGUCAGUGAGAGACUCGGACUCUGAGAGCAGUGUUGAGGAGGCUGAUGGGCCCGUCGCUACACAGGGAAGCCCCCCAGUUACAGUCGAUGGAUCUGCACAGGCGAGGGACCAUGCCUCUUCUGGAGAGGACGACUGCCUCAUUGUGGGGUACGUUAAGCCAAUGGCUGAACGGACACCAGAGCUGGUCCAGCUUUCAUCUGACUCGGAGGAGUCUGUACAGGACGAAAGCACAGCAGCCCCCAAGCAGCCCAUGCACAUCCACUUUGGCUCUGAACUCAACUCCCCAGCCUCCGUCAGCUCCUCAUCAACGAAGCACAAGUCCACAGAGAAAGAAUCUCCCAGACUGACUGGUGGGAAAGAAAAUGAAAGGAACACCCCAGAAAAAGGGAGGGAUCCAGGUUUGGUUGAGGGGUCCCCAUCAUCAGACCAGCACACUUCAUCAAGCCUGGCUCUCAACCCAGAUAAAGGGCCAGAGGACCGAAGUGACAGAAGACACCGAGCUCGAGACCACACAAGAUCACGGUCAGGGUCGUGGUCUAGGUCCAGAAGUCAUGACCGGUCAUCUCACAGCAGCAGGAGGCACUCCCGGUCCCGGUCUCAGAGCAGAGACCACUUCAGAGAGGGGAACCAUCCAGACAGGAGGCAUGACAAACAGGGGGGUGAUCACUCCGUUUGUGGCCGAGAGGCAGCGCCACAUGCGUACCACUGGCACUCGUACAGCCACUACAGCUGUGAAAGGGACAGAAGCCGAAAGCAUUACACAGAGAAAAGGUCCUCCUACACCAGCUAUUACAUCAGCCCAGACCGCCAUUCCCGGCCGCGGUCGCGCAGCCGGAGCCGAAGCCACAGUCGGGAGUCACGCCGGCGGGAGCGGCGACACUCCAGAAGCCGCUCCAGCAGUGACUCGCGGUCCUCCCACAGGAAGUCCAAGCAUGACAAGCCUGGGGGAAAGAGGAAGUACAAAACACGCCACUUGGAGGAGCCCGCGCCCAAGAAUGGAGCUUCCAAACAACUUGAGUCUGCAGAGGAUGGUGUGAAGGAGCGAAAAUCAAGCAAAGAAAAGCAUGGAAAAAAGUCAAGAGAAAGAUCUAUGAAGAGAAGUCCAAGUGUAGAAAUUGUGUAUGAGGGCAAGUCUGGAGAUCAAACCAGGAGACAUCACAAAAAAAAGAAAAAACACAAGAAGAAGAGCAAGAGACAUAGGAGCAAGGAUCGAAGUAGUAGGCAUUCACCUGUUAUAAUUACCAUAGAUAGUGACAGCGAUCAUGCUACUAACACUAAAGACUUGACUUGCCCCAUUGGCAGCAACAGUGAUGUUGAUGACCCCAUCCCAAACCUUUCUCCUCCUUUAGUCCCCUCCAGCAAUCCUGCAGGUGGCUGCUUAUUAGACUCUAUACUGCAGCACUGGGAACAGCAGUUUCCCACAGUCAGUCAAAGUGUUGGAGCCAGUGUCAUGACUGAUCCACCAGACCCUUUGACAGGGGAAGCAGAUCCAGUGACAAGUCAGCCAAAUCCCUUGGCUGGUUCCCCACAUCCCCUGACCAGUCAACCAGUCCUCCUGAUAAAUCAAUCAGGCCCAUCGGAUAAUCAAACAGGGUACUUGACUGAUUCACUAGAUUCCUUGACAGAUCCACCCAGCCUCCUAACCGAUCCGCCACAUUCUUUGACAAGUGAACCCGAUCCGUUGGUAAAUCAACCAGAUUUUUCUGCUAACAUGCCAGAUGGUUCGACUGAAACAUUAAAUCCAUUGAUUGAUACGUCAACCACUUUGUCUGAUCCACCACACUCCUCUACCGAUGACCCAGGUUCUUUGACACAUCAGCUAGAGACAUUGGUUGAACAGUCAAAUCACCUCACUAAUCAACAAAACCCCUUGACUGAGCCACAUACUCCUGUCGCUGACCCUGCAGAUAAACAGGAGUCUUUAGGUGGGGCGUGUGAUGUGCCACUGUGUUAAUGACUGUUAACAUUUAGCUGAUGGCCUUCAGUGGUAGAGGACUCUCCAGGAGCAACCACAGAGUGGUAGUAGAAGCAGAAAGAUGGCCUUCACUCUGCCCCUCCAGUGGAAAGAUAUGUUGUUCUGCCAAACAUUGUGUGCUAUUGUCGCUAGUGUGUUCAUCGAAGAUGAAAGACAUUUUGUUCGGAUGUUAAAUGAUAACAGGAUUUGACUUUCUCUGGGAAGACAGAAAAAUGUUUUUUUUGUUUUUUGUUUUUUUGUAAUUGUCAGAUGUUAAGUUUAUGUUUGUAUAUUUCAAAUGAAAAGAUUUUUUACAUGCCUUUCAUGCAGCUUAUGGUUAUCUUUGAUCCACUCUCAGGGAAAAUGGAUUGAUGCUGUUGAUUUAGCUUUUAUAAAUCCUCUUGAGACCAAACUCCCUGCUGCUCUUGGAUUCUUGGAUUUUAUUGUGCCCGGUGUUGACAGUAUUUGAACAUAGGACUCCUACUUUAGGAACUUGGAAGGACUCUUUAAAUCAUUCUGUCAAAUGUAAAUUGCAAUAAAAGGCCCAGAUCCAC